AUGCUGCAAGGUGCAGGUUUAGCAAUUGCUGAUGGAUUCACGGCAUCAGAUCUGUCAAGUACUAUUGCCACUUUUCUUCACUUUAUUGUUGGAGCACCUCAAGCUGCCAUAAUCCUCAUUGUUAUUGUCAUUAGUGCUGUAUUUACUGAAUUUACAAGUAAUCUUGCUUGUGCCAGUAUUUUGUUUCCUAUUUUGGAUAGUAUAGCGAAAACAGCAAAUAUUCAUCCAGGCCGUCUCAUAUUACCAUCAUGUAUGGCUGUUUCACUGUCAUUCAUGUUACCCAUUGCUACUCCACCGAAUGCAAUGAUAUUUAUGAAUAGUAAUAUGAGAAGUAGAGAUCUACUUGUGGCAGGACUUGGUAUGAAAAUCAUUGGAAUCGUCGUGAUAUUUCUCGUUUCACUAGCUUUACUCUCACCUGUUUUCCACAUCAGUAGCAUAGCACUAAUUUCAAACAGUACAUUGAUGACAAACGUUACAAGUGGAUAA